GGGCGGGUGCAUAAAGGGAACGACAGAAAGGCCCGCCCUCGCCCAGCCCCGUGGAGGACAGCACUUCCCCUUCGAAGGAGCAGGGAUGGGGGGCCGGAGUGUCUGGCUGCCGUUCCCGGUGCUCUUCCUGGCCGCUCUGCCCCCGGCGCUGUUGCGGGGGGCGGCCGGCUUCAGACCCUCUUUGGACAGCGACUUCACCUUCACGCUCCCGGCCGGCCAGAAGGAAUGCUUCUACCAGCCCAUGCCCCUGAAGGCCUCGUUGGAGAUCGAGUACCAAGUUUUAGAUGGAGCAGAAUUAGAUAUUGAUUUCCAUCUUGCCUCACCAGAGGGCAGAACCUUAGUUUUUGAGCAAAGAAAAACAGAUGGUGUUCACACUAUAGAAACUGAAGUUGGAGACUACAUGUUCUGCUUUGAUAAUACAUUCAGCACAAUUUCUGAGAAGGUAAUUUUUUUUGAAUUGAUCCUGGAUAACAUGGGAGAAGAGGCUCAAGAACAAGAAGACUGGAAAAAAUAUAUUACUGGCACAGAUGUGCUAGAGAUGAAACUGGAGGACAUCUUGGAAUCCAUCAACAGCAUCAAGUCCAGACUAAGCAAAAGUGGCCACAUACAAACGCUGCUUAGAGCAUUUGAAGCUCGUGAUCGAAACAUACAAGAAAGCAACUUUGACAGAGUCAACUUCUGGUCCGUGGUUAAUUUGAUGGUCAUGGUGGUUGUGUCAGCUAUUCAGGUCUAUAUGCUGAAAAGUUUAUUUGAAGAUAAGAGGAAAAGUAGAACUUAAAACUCCAACAAGAUUACUUAACAUUGAAAUAAACAAGAAGCAGCACAUUCUAAUACACUGUUACAAUCAAGGUCAUUAACAGUCUUUUCCAUAACAUUUUCAGAAAAUAAGUGUAAGAUAUGUAAAAUUUAAUAUAAAAGGAAAAUCCUCAUUUUAUGUCCAGAUAACUUUAUUGACCCAGUUAUAAACUUAAGUGUAUAACUAAAUAUCAUAUAAAAUUUAGACUUAGUUGAAUGAAGCCAUAUUAGCUAUUUUUCUAUGCUCAAAAAUAUUUCCCAAAUAUCAUAUGAAUUACAUGAAUGAACGUAUUCAUAAACACACCACCACUUUGCUUUCACCCAGAGCUUUCUCUGUAAAUGUGGCAGGUACAAACUUAGGUUACAAGUCAUUUGAGAAUUAUGUAAUUGUGAACGGAAAUAGAUCAGUUUUUUCUAUUAGAACUAAAUAGAUCAUCUCUCCAAAAAAGUAACUAGAGGUAAGUAUACCACUGAAAUUAUAUUUUUUAAGAUCUUUUUUUUUUAAAAAAAAAAAAAAACAAAAAAACAGGGUU